GGUAUAGUAUCAGAAAACCCAAUUAUUUCGCCGGCUUUCAAUAAUGUAUUGGUAAACAGCAGUUUAGAAUUGGCGUGUUAUACUAAUAAAAACGUAAAAAGUACACAAUGGGGAAGUUUAAAUCACUUGGACACAUUUUCGCACCUGUAUCGUUCGGACAAUGAAAGCUGUAUAACAGAUGGGUUCCUGGCUGACGAUCGAUAUUUUGAAACGAGUUGCUAUAGUAGCGGUACCUUCAAAAUAAACAUAAAACGUGUAAAUUUAAGUAACCAUGGUCAAGAAUGGUAUUGUUACGGCGAUAAUAGAAAAAGUAAUAUUGCUAAUAUUACUGUUCGAGUUCCUGCCACGGAAGUUAUCUUUGACUUUCAUUCAAAUGAAAGCAUUUACAUAAAUGAAAAUCAAAUCCAAACUGUAAGUUGCAAAACCUCGGCGUGUUUACCAAAACCAUCAAUUAAAUGGUACUUAUGGAAUCCCAUCAACAAUAUAACCUACGAUAUAACAAACCAUUCGACAGAAUCAUAUAUUCCAAAAGAAAACUGGCUGACAGUAGCUGAGAGUAUUCUUCGGAUUCUCCCGAACAGAACACUAGACCGCUGGUAUUUAUAUUGCACAGUAUGGACACAAGUGAAAGCAGCAGACAUUUUCAGCAAAGAAUUUGUACUGAACGUGGCAUAUCCACCAGAUGGUCCCCCAAUGAUAGCUGGCUACAGAAACGGCUCUACGAUACAGGUUGUUGAGACCGAAUCUGUUGAAUUGACCUGUUCUGUAACUGGUGGAAAACCAUUAGCGACCUUAAGAAUGACCUGUUUAAACAGUAAUUCAACACCAACUGUUACCAAAGAAACGACGGUGACUGUGUACAUUGCACUACAAGUGAAUCGCAAUCAUAGUCAAUGCAUAUGCGAGUCUGAUCAUAUCAUAAGUGGUACACAAAAAACAUACGUCAUGCUCGAUGUGUUGUUUCAACCGCGUGAAGUCCGCUUCAACUUUGGAAUGGAGGCAGGAGAAAGGUUGAUUGUAAACCAAAAUGAAGAGGUGACUAUUCAAUGUUUCGCUGAGUCUAAUCCUCAUCCAGACAUUGUUAUCAGGAAUCAAAGAGAUGAACAAAUCAAAAUGAUGGAAUAUGCCACUCAUGAUGUUAAACAUACUAUUCCUAAAGUAUCUUGUGCUGAUGCAGGGGAGUAUGUAUGCUCUGCUAGAAAUAUGUUAACAAAUGGACAAGGAGCGCUUUCAAGACUCAUUCUCAUUGUAAGAUGUCCUCCAAGUCCGUCAGCUGAUACAGUAAAAGAAACAAAGAUAACUGCUCUUCUGCAUGUUGACGUCACGUUGCAAUUUUUAGCUCAAGACUUUUUUGACGAGCGAAACAAAACAGCAUUCGCAUGGUAUAAACAGAAAGUGCCAUUACAAAAUGACGGCAAUAAGUAUAUAAUAUCAUCUUAUGGGUUACAAUCUAACUUGAUAAUCAGAAAUAUUACAUACUCAGAUUAUGGAAAGUACCAAGUUGUUGUCAGGAAUUCAUUUGGACAUAAUACCUACUAUUAUGAAUUGCUGGAAAAAGCUCCUCAACAGUCCACUGAGCCUGUGACAGCCUCGACACUAUUAAGGGUCGCAGUUGGUACAUCUAGUUUCACAUUUUUUGUGGUUGUAUUGGCAUUCUUCUAUUGGAUAUAUACCAGACGUAAACGCACUUUGAAGAUAAAAGACAGAAAAACAGCUGAGGUUAUCACUGAAUACCAGGCUACUACUGGGCAUAAUGACAAUGUUGCAGAAAAUGUUUAUGAACAAAUUGAUGAGCAAUACACUGCAAGAGGGGCAUACAUUGACAUGCAAGGAAUCAAAACGGAUAAGGAUACAAACUUUCAACCGCGUGGAGUUCGCUUCAACUUCGGAAUGAAGGCAGUAGAGAGAUUAGUUGUAAACCAAAAUGAAGAGUUGACCUUUCAAUGCUCCGCGGAGUUUAAUCCUCCUCUAGACAUUGUUAUUAGAAAUAAAAGAGAUGAAGAAAUCAUAGUGAUGAAAAAUACAAGUUCUGUUCAACACAUUAUUCAUAGGGUAUCUUGUGCUGAUGCAGGAGAGUAUGUAUGCUCUGCUAGAAAUAUGUUAACAAAUGAACAGGGAGCACUAUCCAAACUCGUCCUUAUCGUGAGAUGA